UAGACAUACUCACAUAAAGCUGUUGAUAGCACAUUCCUAGCCUUCAGCGUGAACUCCGUAGCAAGGGAGCCAGAUCGCUCUUGGAUACUUGCUCUCCGGAGCGUUGUCCUCCACACACAGCUGUACCAGAUCUGAUCUGGGAUAACAAGCAAGAGAUAAUGGCGGGAUUCCGGCCGCUCAACCUUGUGCGGCCCUUCCUCUCGGUGCUGCCAGAUGUGCAGCAAGCCGACAGGCGCGUCCCGUUCAGGGAGAAGUUCCUUUACACGGCGGUAACGCUGUUCAUCUUCCUCGUCUGCUCCCAGCUACCCCUCUAUGGCAUCAAGACGAACUCUAGCUCUGACCCGUUCUACUGGGUGCGAGUCAUCAUGGCGUCCAACCGCGGAACUUGUAUGGAGCUGGGCAUCAGCCCAAUUGUGACGUCCGGCCUUGUUAUGCAAUUACUUGCGGGCUCUAAAAUCAUUGAUGUCGACAACAGCGUUAAGGCGGACCGUGAGCUGCUCAACGGGGCGCAGAAGCUAUUGGGCGUGUUGAUCACCAUCGGCGAAGCGGUUGCCUAUGUCGUCUCCGGCAUGUACGGCGAUGUUCGUGAGCUUGGACCCCUAAAUGCUAUCCUUAUUAUCACACAGCUGUUCUUUGCCGGCAUUAUCGUCAUUUGCCUUGACGAGCUCCUCCAGAAGGGUUACGGCCUGGGGUCCGGCAUCUCCCUGUUCAUUGCCACGAAUAUCUGCGAGUCCAUCAUCUGGAAGGCCUUCAGCCCCUACACCAUCCAGAGUGCCCGUGGUGCUGAGUUUGAGGGCGCCAUUAUCGCCAUGUUCCACCUCAUCAUCACCCGGACAGACAAGGUUCGGGCACUGAAGGAGGCUUUCUACCGGACUAACCUGCCCAACAUGACGAACCUGCUCGCCACUAUUGCAGUCUUCCUUGUGGUCAUUUAUUUCCAGGGCUUCCGCGUGGACCUGCCAGUCCGCAAUAAGCGCGCGCGGGGGCAGCAGGGUAACUAUCCCAUCAAGCUGUUCUACACGUCCAACAUGCCAAUCAUUCUGCAGUCCGCCCUGGUGUCAAACCUGUACUUCAUUUCCCAGCUGCUGUACAAGAGGUACGGUGGCAACUUCCUGGUGCAGCUGCUGGGACGUUGGCAGCAGACCGAGUACGGUAGUGGCCAGAUGAUUCCAGUCGGCGGUUUGGUGUACUACAUUUCACCACCGAGCAGCCUAGCGGAAGUUGCAGCGAACCCGCUGCACGCGUUGUUCUACGUGACGUUCAUGCUCACCGCGUGUGCGCUAUUCUCCAAGACAUGGAUUGAGGUUUCGGGCAGCAGCGCUAGCGAUGUUGCCAAGCAGCUUAAGGAGCAGCAGAUGUUCAUUCAGGGUCACCGUGACACGACAGCCUCGCUAAAGAAGGAGCUCAAUCGGUACAUCCCUAUUGCGGCUGCUUUCGGUGGCAUGUGCAUUGGCGCGUUGACGAUCGUGGCGGACUUCAUGGGAGCAAUCGGCUCGGGAACUGGUAUCCUUCUGGCGGUUACGAUCAUUUACCAAUACUUCGAGACGUACGAAAAGGAGAAGGCGCAGGCGCCAGGGGCUCUGUUCUAAAGUAGUGCUUAAGUUGGACACUCCUUAUAUAGGUUCAGGUAUAGCGAGGUGCCUCUUUACGAGGCAUGAUGCAGGGGCAUGACAUAAAGUACGGUGCUGGGAUUGCGCUGUCAUGACCACGUCCAUGGUGGGAGCCCCAAAUGUCGUAAUGCGGCAGCGUUUAAGCGGGCAAGCUGUCGACUAGCCCUUGUGAAGCCAUUGUACAUUCGGGCUGUAAUGAAUGUACCCGCGGGGACUUGUGUGUUUGACGUGCACACUCGCGGUCUUAAGGUUGUUGCGGACUAAUUAACCUUUGCCCAUGACUUUCACGUUGACCUUCAAAUCAUCUGACGAGAGCAGCUUACGCAGGAAAUUCUGCUGCUGCAGAAUGCGGUUUAAACGCAUUGACGAAUCUAACCUUAUGGAAUGCUUAGACGCGGGGCGUGUGCAAGCUUGAGUGGACCUUUUGCCUUCGGGUUUUUUUUUGUGGGACCACAGCUCUUGAUAGACUCGAUGCAUCAGUUGGGUCAUGGGGUAACAAUUUACCGCCGCGGCUGGGUGUUGGGUCUGCGUCCUUGUAGUGUUCGUGGGCGGGAUGUCUCUUGACAACACUUGGUGGUCCUUCUGUGCCGGAGUUCAAAGAGUAUCCUGUUAAGGGCUGGCGUGCACAUGGUGGAUACAAGGUCUCAAAUCUCUUCAUGACCUGUGACAUCCUCCUAAAGGAGUCUCUCGCGUCACACAUGACCGUAUAAGGUGCAGGGCUGACAGAUAUUAAAACUAAGCUCUGCAUUGUCGUGAGUAAUAUGAGUAAUAUGACAAAGCGUCGAAUACGGUGGCUCUCCGAUGCAUCACUCCAUACAAGGAAACUUGUUAGAUGAAUUGUAUAUUGUUUCAAUAUC